ACCACGCGCGCUUUGCCCGGGGGAGGAGCGGAAGGGCUGCCGGGGGCGGAGGAGCGGCUUAGAACGCUGAGCUGGCCCGGUGGAACGUUGGGGCUUCUCUUUUGGAACGUUCGCACACACUUUGGAACGCUCGCGCUCUCCUGCGGCGCGGAGGCGAGGCCCGGCCGGGCUCUCCGAGGAGAAGCAGCGGCUCCAGGGAGACGGGCGCUGUUGUUUUGAGUCUCGCUGGCGGGGGCCUGCGGGGAUUCGGUGAGCGAAUCAGCUCGGUGCCCGCCGUUCGAUGGUUUGUCCCGACCGAGAUGAGCCGCCCGUCCUCCGCCGGACCCAGCGCUAGCAAACCCUGCGGCAAGCAGCAGCAGCAGCACACACCGUCGCCGGCUGCUGCCCCUGCCGCCAACGCCGCCGUCGCCACCAUCUCUGCCGCCGGGGCCGGUUCCUCCGCGGUCCCCGCCGCGGCCGCUGUGAUCUCGAGCCCUGGAGGAGGCGAAGGCAGCGGCGGGCCGGUCUCGCCUCAGCACCACGAGCUGACCUCGCUUUUCGAGUGCCCGGUUUGCUUCGACUAUGUGCUGCCCCCGAUCCUGCAGUGCCAGGCCGGGCACCUGGUGUGCAACCAAUGCCGGCAGAAGCUGAGCUGCUGCCCCACGUGCCGGGGAUCCUUGACCCCCAGCAUCAGGAACCUGGCCAUGGAAAAAGUGGCCUCGGCCGUCCUCUUCCCUUGCAAGUACGCCACGACAGGCUGCUCCCUGACACUCCACCAUACAGAAAAGCCGGAGCAUGAAGACGUUUGCGAAUACCGCCCUUACUCCUGCCCGUGCCCCGGUGCCUCAUGCAAGUGGCAGGGCUCGCUGGAAGCCGUCAUGUCGCACCUCAUGCACGCCCACAAGAGCAUCACCACCCUACAAGGGGAGGACAUCGUCUUCCUCGCCACGGACAUUAACUUGCCAGGGGCCGUGGACUGGGUGAUGAUGCAGUCCUGCUUCGGCCACCACUUCAUGCUGGUUCUGGAGAAGCAGGAGAAGUACGAGGGCCACCAGCAGUUCUUUGCCAUCGUCCUGCUCAUCGGCACCCGCAAACAGGCAGAGAACUUUGCGUACAGACUCGAACUGAACGGCAACCGGCGGAGGCUGACUUGGGAGGCGACCCCGCGGUCCAUCCACGACGGGGUGGCGGCGGCCAUUAUGAACUGCGACUGCCUUGUUUUCGACACUGCCAUAGCACACCUUUUUGCAGACAAUGGGAACCUCGGGAUCAAUGUGACUAUUUCUACGUGUUGUCCGUGAUAUUUCUAUGUAAUUAUUGAGACCAUGUUGUCGUCUUUUGUUUCACUUGACUGUUUUUAUUUUUUUUUAUGGCGUUCCACUGUAGCCCUCUUCAGGUGUUCCCUCACACCCUAUUAACAAUCACAUGAGCGGAGAACAGGGCCCCAGCCCCCUGGCACACAUGUACCCCGGUCAUCGCGACACCACCAUCCCCUUGUUGCGGAGAAGGACGUUCGCGCCAGGGAGGCAACUCCAUGUGCGUAGGCUCCCCGAUGAUGUGGGACCUGUGCAAUUGUUAAUCGUGUGAGCGGGGGAUGCCGGAAGGGGACUUUAGGGUUCUUUCUUAACCGGCCAUUUUCUAUCCUCAUUCUCUCCUUCACUGCCGCCGCCACCUGCCUGUACUGCGGAGCUUUUAAAGCACAGUUAACAGGACAGUUAAGAUAAUUUUAUCCUGUUAAUCUGAAAAGAAGGGAGGAGAUUUAUUUUU